AUGCCCCACCUAGAAGGAGGCCUGCAGAGGAUGAACAUGCUGCUCCUCAGCGCAAUCGACAUGGCUGAUGCGGAAGAUGGAGAAACAAUGGCUGCGCACUGUUCUGCAAUGGCUAAAGAAAUGUCAAAGGCCGGGCCCGACAUGGCCUAUAUUGAAGACUCUAUGAGUCGGACUUUGGCCAGCAGAAGAGAAUGGGUGGCCCAAGACAACCUGUCUGUUGACGAUGUCUUGAAAAAGUAUCCCAGUUUUGCCAUCAGUUCCAUCGUGCAGCUGGAAUUCAAACUCUUGACCAAGGUUUCCAUAAUGGAAAAACUGGAGGAAGUUUUGGGAGCUGCUGCAAGCAAAAUAAUCAAGGUGGCACGAAAGAAACGGCACAUGCAGAAGUUUUUGGAAGACCUUGAUGCACAUAUUGCUGCCUCCGAUGAUGCUGCCAUUGACGAGCUGAUGGUUACUGCAGCUAUAUGUUUGAUGCCAGCAAUGGUGAAAGAACGUAUGGAAUCUUUCAUCUGCCACUAUGACCCCACCAAGAUGUACUACGUUCCUAGGGUGACGUUCGUAGGAAACUUACUGACGUCACGCGAAUUCGUUGUGCGUCUUGAGGGAAUUAACCUUAAGGAGGAGAGCCUUUUGGCAGCCAUUGCCAUGCAGUUGGCCCUCUAUUGGACAAUGAAUAUUGUCUUCAAAAAGAGGGCCCAACGCACGUUUGACCUCAUGUAG